AUGAAGAAUCUAAGUUUAAACAAUAGAGGUGUACUAACUUCACUUUCGUUAAACGAAUCCACCAAAUUUGAUAAAGGAAGUCCUAAGAGUGUAUUUAAAAGAACCUCACAAGUAGCCCCAUCUGUUCGAAGAAAUGAGAUCACGGAUGAAAAUAAUAUCGACGAGAAACCUGUUGAAUUUAGGAAGAACAUUCCCAAAACUACAUCUAUAUUGCAAAUAGACUCAAAUAAGCCUCGGGAUUCAAGAAACUACAGAUCAAGAAAAAGGAUAGUCACUUCUUUAUUUAUCAAUGGAUUAGCAGACGACGUGACUGAAAACAUGUUAUAUGAUGUGUUCAGUAAAUAUCAAAGCUUAGUUUCCCUCAAAAUAUGCUGUGAUUCCGAUAGUAAAAAAUCUUUGAACUAUGGUUAUCUUAAUUUUUCAGAUGAACUUGAAGCUAAAAAAGCAGUUGAUGAUUUUAAUUACACCAUUUUGUUUGGUAAUGAAAUAAAAAUGAUGCCCUCUCUUCGAAAUACAAUAUAUCGUAAAAAUAUUGGUACAAAUGUUUUUUUUGCUAACCUUCCAUUGGAGAAUAAACAUUUAACAACUAGAGCGUUUUACGACACUUUCAAAGGGUACGGAGAAAUUCUUUCAUGUAAACUUGAUAAAAGAAAGAACAUUGGUUUUGUAUAUUUUGAUAACGAUAAACCUGCUCAAAUGGUGAUUAAUGAUUUUAAUAACAAGAUAUAUUUUGGAAAUAAAAUAAUAUGUGGUCUACAUUUUGAUAAAGAAAUCAGAAAUUUUCCAAAUUUUGAUAAAAGGAAAGCAAAUAUAGACAACAAAAUAAUUAUUGAUGAUGAAUUAGAAGCAGCAAACAUAGGUGUACAAUUUAAGAAGAAUUCUGAAUUAAUACUCCCUCAUCCAAACGCAAUAUUUGUUAAAAAUCUACCCUUUGAUGUCCCCGAUGAAGAAAUUCUUGAUCAUUUCAGUAAAUUAGGUCCUGUGAAAUCAGUAUUUUCAUCCAAUGUUACAAAAUAUAAAUCCAGUUGGGCUUUUAUUACGUACAAAAAACAAACUGACACCAUCAGAGCAACUAAUCAUUUCAACAAUACCAAGUUCCAAGGAAAAACAAUAACAGUUUCUAGGGCUAAACUAAAAAAUACAGAAGGAAAUCGAACAGUUUAUCUGAACAAUGUAAGUGUAGUCUGUAAUCAAGAGUUUUUGAGAAGAUUGUGCCUUCAGGAGGGAAUAAAGGCACAAAAAAUCUAUCUAAAGCCUGAUGACCAUGACUCCUAUUCGUGCUCUGGAUAUAUCAAAUGUAACUCCAAAGACAAUGCCAAACGAGUAUUUGAAAUAUUAAAUGGGAAAUUUAUUGGAGGUUGUUAUAUUCAUGUUUCAUGGGAUAAAAUAAAAGAUCCACUGAAGGACGAACAGAGUGAUAUUACACAGAAUAAACAUAAUAUAUUACCCAAUUUAUUUUUGCCGAAUCCAGCAAUCCAAAAACAUGGAAACUUUAUCAGCUACAAAGAGAGUAACGUAACCACAGAGUUUAUUUCUGAUAAACCAUCUAACCACUACAUAUCAAAAGAGAUCCAACAAAUUAUAAAUAUAGUGAAUGGCCAUGUCAAACGGGGUUUGGAAUUCUUAAAUAACAAAGUUCCUUGCAGGGAUGAAAGUAUAAGGUGUAUUUCAGAAUAUAUUAUUAACGUUUACUGGUAUGGGGAUUUACAAAACUUAUCCUUAUUUUUACAAUCAAUUAAUUCAAAUGUUCGUUAUGAAGCUAUACUGCAGCAACAGAUAGAAGCUGCUUCCAAUCUUUUAGGAUUGAGUGAAACUUAA